AUGGCGUUCCUGUACCUCGACAACCCGUGUGAAAGUGCGCAACGGUUCAAGUUACCGGAGGACCCAGAGAGUAGACUGGAGUGGGUUCAGUUUCUCUUCGAAAUCAAUGGACAACGACUUAAAGAAUCGUCCUGGACUGAUAUCACCAUUUGUAGUGAACACUUCACAGAUGACUGUUUUGACCUGGCUGCAACUGGCACGGUCCAGCUAAAGCCCAGUGCAGUCCCAUCACUGUGUAUCAAGUCAGAGCCAGACGAACCUCUGGAGAGCCCACAAUCUGUGGAGCCUGUGGAAACCACUGAAGUCGCAUGUCAGUGUGAUGACCUUGACACUUGUAACAGUCCAACUGCCUACUCUGAAAAGUCAAAACAUACUUUAACAGAUGCUGUCACCACUGGACAUGGCCAAAAUGUACAAAAAGUUUUGAAUACGGAUUUGAACAAGGAAAAAGCUGCACUUCUGCAGAUGGAAGGAAAGCACGUUGUGAAUGAAAGCUGCCUGCUCCAGCUGUUUCGCCGCAAAUGCCCGUCGUGUGGCUGCAAGCUUCGGAUGGAGAAGGUCACCUGUGGGGUACUGAUCAUCUUGAACCAACAGUGUCUUCAGUGUGAGUACAGAAACCAGUGGAAAAGCCAGGUCAAUGCCAGUGUCCCAACAGCUGCAGAAGUAACUCCAGAGACCCAAAAAGAAUUGCCAACAAAUGACAACCCCUGCAGUGCAGUCUCCUCUGAGAUCGUUACUCUCAGUGAUGAAGACAGCAAUCCCUCAGAUGAUGGAGAGGACGGUGAUGAAGGUGGGGUGAGUACAGACGGGGAGUGGAAUCCAACGGAGGAGAUUUUGCUGGCUGAGGAGCUCAGAAAGGAAUCUGAGGAGGAAACCGAAGAUGAAGGUGAAGAGGAAGACGAUUUUGAUUCCCCUGGUGGCCUCAAAAUUAACGAGCUCUGCACAGAGUGUGGAAGCUUUUUCAAUAUUCUGAAGCCUCACACAUGUGAGCACAAAAUUAAGCCCUAUCCCUGCAAUAUUUGUGGCAAAAGAUGCGUCACUGAGACAUCUCUAAAAACUCAUAGCAAAAUCCAUGAUGAAACGUAUGAACAUCCCUGCAAAUACUGCCACGUUACCUUCAAGACAAGGGUGGACAAACUUAAACAUGAGCAGAUCCAUCAGGAUAGCAAAGAUCCCUAUAAAUGCCCCGACUGUCCAGAGACAUUUGCCACAAGUAAAGCGCGCAGCAUCCACCUGUCAAACCACAGAGUGCCAAAGGAGUUCAAAUGUGGAGUGUGCGGGAUUGAGUUUAAGGAUGUACAUCAUCUUCGUAGACAUUCCGUUGUUCACACGGGUCUGAAGCCGUACAAGUGUUCGGUGUGCCAGCGUGGCUUCAACCAGACGAGCCAUCUCAAAUCUCACAUGCGUCUGCACACAGGGGAGAGGCCUUUCAAGUGUCAGCACUGUGACAAACGCUUCAAUCACAACGUGAGCUUGAAGAGUCAUGUCCAGCGUUACCACGCAUCCAAUUCUGGGCGUGGACAUAAGAAGGGUAAGAUCAAUGAAAGAGCAAGCCACACUGGUGAUGCUGAGGACAGUGAGAGUAAGAGAGGAACAGACUCAGAGUUUGACAAUGUAGAGGAAGAACAAGACACAGAAGAGGAGGUGCAGAAGGAGAGAAUAGAUUUGCCAAAAAGUAGAAAGAGGAGCACAGGCCGACCCAGAGGAAGGCCUAAGAGAGAUAUAGCGGGCAACUUGGUUCUGUCAGGGCAAAAUAAAAACAGGCGCUCAAAGACUAAGACUUCAAAAUCAAAGGUGCAGAAGUCCAAGACAACUGGUUCCAGCGAUGAGGAGGGCGAGCGGUCGGACAGCAGCAUAUCCUUUGACUCGGAAGAGGAGGAAGAAUCAGAAGAAGAAGAGGAGAAGCAGACAGCGAAGAAGAGCACAGGGAGAUCUAGAGGAAGACCAAAAAACGACAGUGACUCUGAUUUUCACCCAGAAGAGGACACAAAGAAAAAGAGGUACAGCAGUGACAACAGUGGUAAGAGCUCAGGGAAGCGCAGGGGGAGAGCAAGAAAGAAAGUAAUGGUCUGA